UACAGUAUGUGAGGAAGUGUUGGGGAACUCUCGGCCUCUCUCGGUGGAAGACCGCUUCCGAGCGACACCUCGUCGACUUUACACACUCAAAAAAAUUAAAAAAAAAAAAGACAAAAAAAUUAAAUACAAUGGACGAGUCGAGUAGUUGACGUUUCCUGUAACCUUCUCUUUUUAAGCUUUCUUCCGUCCGAUCACUUAGCACCUGUCUAUUGGCGUGUUUUGACCCCGCGGCGCACUUUUUAAUUCUUCUCCUUUGGACGAGCCAAGCAACAGCGGACACCAUGAAGUACAUCAUCGGCAUCGGCGGUGUUACAAAUGGAGGGAAAACCACCCUCACCAACCGCCUGAUAAAGAAUCUGCCCAACUGCUGCGUGGUACACCAGGAUGACUUCUUCAAGCCCCAAGAUCAGAUUGCAGUUGAAGAUGGCUUUAAGCAGUAUGAUGUCAUCACCGCCCUGGACAUGGAGGCCAUGAUGAGCACCAUCAACGCUUGGCUGGAGAACCCGGUGAAGUUUGAGAAGUCUCACGGCGUCAAUAACACCCUGGACACGGAGAUUCUUCCGAAGUCCGACCACAAAGAGGAGACUCACAUCCUCAUUGUGGAGGGCUUCCUGCUUUACACUUACCAACCUUUGAUCGACGUGCUGAACCAGAGGUUCUUUAUUUCCAUCCCUUAUGAAGAAUGCAAAAAGAGGAGGAGCUCGAGGAAUUACACGGUCCCGGACCCCCCGGGCCUCUUCGACGGCCACGUCUGGCCCAUGUACUUGAAACACAAGGACAUCAUGGAGAGGACAGGUGUUGAUGUUUUGCAGCUAGAUGGAACCAAGUCAAAGGAAGACCUGUUCAACUUUGUCUAUGGGGACAUCCUGAAUAAUAUCCAGCAUUCUCUUUAACAAAGGUCACGCGAUCACGUAUUCAGCCUGCUUGAAGAACGGCUCGCCCUAAGUUUCUACCUGGCAGCUUAUUUAGCUGACUGCUAUGAGUUUUAAACCUACCGAAAAAUAUAGCAGCGUGUAGCCGACGGCAUCAAAUGCUGGCCCGAUUUUUAUAUCAAGCAUAUUUAUUGCUUUCUACAGCCGACACUCCGCAGAGAGCGGAUGGAUAUAUUCAGAGGAUGGAUGCAUACGUCAAUAAAUGAUCCUCAAGCCAA